AUGCAGGGUCGCUCGCAGUGGCAACAAACCCAGACAGACCGAGGGCUCAUGACCUCGAGCCCUGGGGUUGUUUUAACAGGAGUUGGGACGUUUGGACAACGUUUUGCACAAAAUAAUUGCAAACGGUGGAGGGAAGAACCGGCCCUAGAUUUCGAAAUAGACGCGAUGGAAUACAAAUACCUCGAUGCUACUCCUUGUCCAGUUACAUGGAAUCGGAAAAAUGACGGCAAGAUCCCUAUCUUCGAGGACAUCCUCGAUUCUUACGAUGAUACAACGGAGAUGGAUAUCAUGGCAGAACUAGGGUCAUUGAACUCGCUUGCCAGGGAAAAGCCUCGUCGAGUAAAAAAGGCUACUGAAUUUAAGAUACAUGAGGAUGCUGGGGACUCGGGAAAUGGCCAUGGUGGACGAAUGCCUUUGUCUAGGGAGUCUUCCAUGUUCGCACAACCAGCACAACGGCUCCCACGGCCUGUAAGAACAACAUUUAGAGGGAACUUACCACCAAAGCCUUCUGUUAAAAAGCAAUUGGGCCAAUCCAAAGAGAAUUACCUCGAGGAAAACUCUACGUUGGUGAGAUCUCCCCAUGCCAUGCAGAAACCGGUGAAAGAACGGAAACUGGAGAAAAAAGAUACCCUGAAAAUUGACAAAAGACGGAAUACAAUAUAUAUCCCGCCAGAUGAUACCACAAUGGCCACCAUAUUUAUGGAUGCAUUCAGCCCUUUGACAACAAAAGAUUUUGGUGUUCCGGAAAUGGGAUAUAUUGAAGCCCAAAUCGUGAAGAAACGGAAACAGCGCAGGCUUAAGUCACCAACUCCUCAAGAGAAGCGCCAGCCACUAGAGAGCCCAAGUAGGGUUAUACAGGAGUCGACACAAAAGCUUGACAUUAUGGGAAUGAAUACAGGAAAGGAAAACGUACCCCCAGGAAAAUUGGUUCAUAGCAAUGUCGACAUCGUGGAAAAGAAGAAUGAUUUGGUAGAAGCUCCAACCCAGCCGAUGAAAGCUAAAUCCGUGAAUAGUCCUCGACCCAGGCUUUCGAUGCCCCAGCAAAAAUUUUCUUCAUCAAAGGUGUCGACAUCGAGAGCCCUACGCGGCCAAGGUUCUAUACAACGCACAACUUCUACUGGCAACCAGAGCAUCCGGGCUUCACCUAUAGCAAAGCAGCGGGAAGAGACAAUGAAAGAGAAAAACGAAUCUCUACCUCUAAACACCUCAUUGCUGAAGCCUGUCCCAAAGAAAAAGUUACCCUCAGAGCUACUCCUUUCGAUUCCUUUAGCCACAAAGGUAAAGUACCCAGCCCUUGGUAAUAAUAUUGCAGACCCUUUGAUUCACGAGGAGAAUUGGCUAUCUCACCAAGAAAUGGUCAUUACACGGCUUGUGAACACCGUCCUUGGUGCAAAUGGACCAUCCAACACACAGAGCCAAUAUUCCCUAAGAGACCAGCUCUUCCACUUAUACCAAGACACAUACUUCACGUUUCUCUAUAAGCGUGUACAAGCAUCCAUUCUUUAUGGGGACUUGCGUGCCACUGAAGGGCCAGAUGGUCGAAGUCGUCGGCUGACAACUGAUGUGAGUAUGCGCCGCGCAUUCCAGAGAUUCUGGACGGAUACAUAUGAUAUUUCCGCUCUCCAGGCAGCGGCAGAGGUUGUUAUUGGGAAGGGGACGGGCUGUUGCAUUCACGACGGAGAUCAAUCGUCCGCUCCCCAAACAUCCCCUUGCAAGGGAGAAAAAGGGGUCAGACGAGCCGUCGAGUCAUAUCUAGACGCCAUGCUGAUCAAGAAUGAGGACAUGAAUCCAAUUGCUUCCACCGAGACUAGUGAUUGUGGUUGUGACGUGGUCAAGGGAUACCACAGAACGGCCCUUCGAAGUAUAAUGAUCAUCGCCCUUUUGGACAGGGCAAGAAUGGACCCUGAUACAGCAUUGCCGCGCCGUCUUUUCAAAGCAAGCUCGGCCUACACAUCAUCAGCAGCAGUGAUGCGGGCUCUGGGGCCCUUACUUCACCAUCCCCAAGCAGACUUUAACCGUCCUCUUUCGCGCCUGGACUGCUUUAUGAAGUAUAAGCAACACCCGCUAGCAGAAUAUAAUUACCAUAUUGAGAAUAUCGCUGUGGAUAUCAGAGAUGGUGUUAUUCUCGCCAGGCUGACAGAGUUGCUUCUACUUGAGCAGUUCCCUAACAAGCUCCAAGCGAGUGAGGGAGAGAUACGGGUAAUGUCACAUCAGCUGAAGAUGCCGUGUAUAAAUCGGGCAACGAAAAUCCAUAAUGCGCGCAUUUCAUUGUCCGCAUUGGAAAAGGAUUUACCCAGCAUUGGUGCUUUUAUUAGCGGGAUAAAGCCGGAAGAUAUCGUGGAUGGGUAUAGAGAAAAGACCAUCGCCCUGCUAUGGGUUAUUGUUAGCAAAUGGGGACUUUCAUGCCUAGUCGAUUGGGACGAUCUCAAGAACGAGAUAACCAGAUUAGAGAAAAAGGGUGGUAGACUUGACCGGAAGAGGAACAAUCGUUCAUUCCAUGAGCGAGUCGACACGACAGAUAUGACGGCAUACCAUUCAUCUCUACUCCACCAUUGGGCAUCAUGUCUGGCAAGAUUGAAGGGUUUAGAGGUUCCAAACUUGACCACAAGUCUUGCUGAUGGACGGGUAUUCACGAGUAUCCUGGAUGAAUAUGAAUAUUUCAUUCGCCCUGCCAGUAUCAAGGCUGGGAGGACGGCUUCACCAACACCACUAUCAACCACAAUAACGACUACGGCUGGCGAUGAAUCAGCCCUGAAAAGACGAUUACUCUCACUCGGCUGCAGUAGCCCAUUCGUGGCACUUAUAUCUCCGCGGCCAACGUCGCCAUCAUCAACACAGUCGCCUUCGUUGUCUGGCAACGCCCUCAGUAAGGACUUUAAUAUCAUAGCACUGGCAUAUCUGAGUUCCCGACUUCUCUCGGCAUCUAAAUACGGUCGGGCAGCGGUGUCGAUCCAACGCGCAUGGCGUCAUACGCUUGCCACCAGGCCUGUCAUUGACGGCAGCACUAAGGGGCUCGGGGCUUAA